AUGGAGAGUGUUCGCAGGCUGGUGUCUUCGCUAACAAAUAUGGAAACCCGAGGAAGUGUACUUUUGGAGCUGUGCAAAAUGAGGGAGUCUGUGCCAGAACUCGCUCCAAUCCUCUGGCAUACAUUUGGUUCGAUUGCUGCAUUGCUUCAAGAAGUAUGCUCAAUAUAUCCCUAUAUAAAUCCUCCCAACUUGAGCGCCCAUCAAUCUAAUCGUGUUUGUAAUGCACUCGCUCUUAUGCAGUGCUUGGCAUCCCAUCCAGAAACCAGAAAGGAGUUUCUGAAGGCCAACAUACCUCUGUACCUGUAUACGUUUUUGAAUACAAAUAAUCAAACGCGUCCAUUCGAGCACUUGAGGUUGAGUAGCCUUGGAGUGAUUGGUGCACUUGUUAAAACGGAUGAACCAGAGGUCAUAGCAUUUCUCCUGGGGUCGGAAAUUAUACCUCUUUGUCUGGUAAUCAUGGAGUCAGGAAGUGAACUGAGUAGAACUGUGGCGACCUUCAUUAUGCAGAAGCUUCUUUUGGAUGAAGCCGGUCUGGCGUACAUCUGUCAAACUUAUGACCGUUUCGUUCACGUAGCUACUGUUUUGGAAAAAAUUGUAAUCGACUUGGCUAGAGAGCAGUCAUUACGCCUUUUGAAACACGUGAUUCGGUGCUACCUACGUCUUUCAGAUGAUUCGCGAGCGCGUGGUGCUCUUCGAACAUGUUUGCCACAACAGCUCAUAGAUGGCACAUUCAGUGGUUUACUGGAGAGAGAUGUGGCUACUACACGAUGGCUAACACAGUUGAUUGGUCGGCUGUCUGCUCCGACAGUUGCAUCUGAAGGUACUGCCAGUACAACGGUUUCUGGUGUUGGUUCCAUGGAAGCUACUACACCACAGGCUGUUACUGCUACUCUCACCUGCCUUCCAUCAACUACAGCGGUUGGUUCUGCUGUGACUACUGCUGCAUCUAGUGUUGAAAUUUGUGGAACGUCUGUUUCAAGUGGAGUCACAAGUGCUUCUGUGAAUGGGUCAGGAGCACCUAGUGUACUGCAAUAUCAUUUACCUACAGAUGAACAAAGUCAGAUAUAUUCAAGCCGUUCAUUUCAUUUAAUAGGAUCAAAUAAAACACGUUUGGGACAUGUUGGUUCUUCCAUUAGUCGAACAACAUUGGAACAAAUAUUUAUUGAUCUGACUGAAUUACAAAAAGCACCGGCAACAAAUGUUGGACAGCAGUGA